AUGGACAGUCCCAAGGCACCCUUUAACAUUAUGGACAGUCCCAAGGCACCCUUUAUCAUUAUGGACAGUCCCAAGGCACCCUUUAACAUUAUGGACAGUCCCAAGGCACCCUUUAACAGUAUGGACAGUCCCGAGGCACCCUUUAACAUUAUGGACAGUCCCGAGGCAUCCUUUAACAUCAUGGACAGUCUUGAGGCACCCUUUAUCAUUAUGGACAGUCCCAAGGCACCCUUUAACAUUAUGGACAGUCCCGAGGCACCCUUUAUCAUUAUGGACAGUCCCAAGGCACCCUUUAACAUUAUGGCCAGUCCCGAGGCACCCUUUAUCCCUUUAUCAUUAUGGACAGUCCCGAGGCACCCUUUAUCAUUAUGGACAGUCCCGAGGCACCCUUUAUCAUUAUGGACAGUCCCGAGGCACCCUUUAUCAUUAUGGACAGUCCCGAGGCACCCUUUAACAUUAUGGACAGUCCCG